UCUGUCUGUAUGGCUAAUAAUAUGUUUUAAAAGUUCAACCCCAUGGAAAUGCUCUCAGACACAAGGUCUGAUUUUUGGGUGGUCCUGUGUGGAGCCAGGAGUUGGACUCAGUGAUCCUUGUGGGCCCUUUACAACUCAGGCUGUUCUCUGAUUCUGUGAUUUUACACUUUGUGUUUAGCAGCUUGGGCAAAAGGCUGAAAUUCUCAUAACUAUAGAACAUCAGUGGCAACGAGGGACACGUCGCGGCUCUGCUCACAACCAGUUCACCCAGCACGUGCACUUGCAAGAUGAUCCUGCCGAGUGUGCAGCCCCUUUAGCUCGGGCAGAGUCCACCUUUGCAUGUCAGCAUUGUAGCUCCAUAACUUUACUUUUUGUUAUUUUUUAAAGCGUAAAAGCACAAUGAAAACUCAAAAUCUCCCUCAGCCUUUCCACCCACAAAAAGCUUCCCUGAGUUUAGGGGGUCUAUUUUAAGGUUAUUAGAGGAAGAUGCAUUUCUGAACCCAACGUUUUCUCUGGUUUAGCAUAUUCUCAGUGCCUUUUCCAGCAUCUCCUGUGAUCAGCCUAUGUCUAUACAUAAAUACUGAAUGAGGCGAUUGGCUUUGGUUUUCAUAACCCAGUGAAAUCUAUUUUAAACAGCUGCCUCAGGACCGACUGUGGGCUGAUACAUUGGAAGGUCAAAUGUUUAUUUUGUGGAAAACGAUGAGAAUACUUGGGUACUUUGGACCAAAUUUAAUCCUCAGGCACGCACACCGAUCUCAGUGCAGGGCAGUCUGGAAUGGGUUUGCUCCAGGGAACUGUCAGCAUUACGCAACAUUUCUGAUGGUGUGAGACACAGAAUCGCCCGGGUGUAGGCAGUCUGCAUCCAGUCAGUGGGUGACACAGAUACUGUGGGGCUGGUGACAUACCGGCAGCACCAGCUGAAAGCUUCACAGCUAUGGAGACGAGUUAUAAGGAGUCGGAACUGAGAAAAGGUGGAGGAUGGAGAAAGGGAAGAGACAGAGCAGGAGAGGGAGCUGUGGGGAGUACGGCGUGGUCUGCCAGGCUGGGAAAGGUGAGCCAGGUACUGGAGCGGGCCCAGCACCAGCUAACCUGGCACUGGCCGAGUCAGCAAUGCCAGGAAGCAUUUUUCCAUCCAAUUUCUUGGCCCAUGCGAUGCCUGCUUCACCAAGGCAGCCCACAGCAGAUCGAGCCAAGCAGGAGCCCAGCACGGAAGCUGCUGCAGGCAGUGACAUUCGUGCAGAAGGUGGGAAGAGAGCAGCAGAGGUGCGUGCUAGGGGAAGGGAGGAAGAAAUAGCAUCGUAGUGACUCAGUCCCCUCCUACAGAGAGUGCUGGCUGCACUUGGAGGGAGCAAAACUGGGAAAGGAGCUGCCUUAGGGGGAAGUAAACAAGGGGCACUGUGUUACUGCAUGCUGCAGGACUCAACAUUAACAAUCCCUAGCGGAUAAAUACCCAAAGACAUUACAUUCUGUGUAAAUAUUGAGCCAAAUGCCUUCCUGGUAUAACCACAGUGAUUGAACUAUAGCAAGCAUUCUGUGUUAUUGUAGCCAGGUGCUUGGGGGGUUCAUUUUCUUUAAUGGAGAAAAAGGGGCAUUGAAAACUGAGUUGCUACCUUGCUUGAUUUUCAUUGAAAGACACCCAACUGAAGGGAGAGGAAAUCCCCAAAAUGAUACUCGGUGGUUAAGUACAUAGAAUAUAGGAUUUCAGUGUUUGCAAAUCCUUUUUUUCAAAUGAACUUGUGGCACUAAUCCUCUAAUGGCAUUAUUUCUUUGGAAUAUAUGCCGGAUUAAGGAGUCACAAUGAGGCAAAGUACAAAAAUCCACAUUAAUCUCUCACCAGUGGAUGCUGUGUGGGAUGCAACUUUAACUGUUUUGUUCCAAAAUCGGUUCUGUCCCUAUCUCUGCCCCAGGUCUACCCAGAGGGAGGUACAGAUAUAAACACAUGUGACACUGAGCACUUGGCAGAUGGUCACUCACCGUAUCGCUGGAUACAAAGGGGAAGGCGUUUAUUAUUUUUAAGCUGCAAAAGCUGAGCCUGCCCAUGACAUAGGGCAGGCAGUAGAUGCGCGGCUCCGUGGGGCAGGAGCAGGACAGCCCCUCAGCAGCACGCCAUGGAGGAGACAACACCCGAUGUGGCACAGCCUGGGCUUGGUCUGCCAGCUAGCGGGGGCCAGUCUGGGGCUGCCAUCACGGUACGUUGCAUGUUCUGGGCACACCCUGCCUGGUGCAAAGGAUUUAACACACUUAAGGACUUCCCUGGUCCCGAGGAGCGGAGCUUAGCAGAUAUUCCCCUGCCACCUUCCUGCCGAGCUGCAGUGGGCAUUGAACACCACAGGCACGGACAGGGGUUGCCUUGCAUCCGUCUCAUCCCUGGCCAUUCCUUUGUCAAGCACAGCGUGGAAAAUGGAAAGGGGACAGCCAACACUACAGCCGACUUGGAGAUCCUUCCUGGUUGGGAGUAGAAGUGUGCCCCCUGUUCCUGCAGGGAAAGGCUGCCCACCACACUGUUCUGUGCAUCUUUCCCUACCGUAAUCAUUUCCCCGUGUAGUAUGUCUCACGGGCAGGAGGAUUUUCCUGCUGUGCACUUUAAGUUUCUCUCCUUAAAUCUUAUCCUGUUGGCUCCUGGCAGCAGCCGUGCCUCGUUCAGCCGGGUCUGAAUCAUUCCUGCGUUGACACACUGAGUCAAGCUGUCCCCAGGCUGCUGUCUGCUCGGCUGCUUUCCCUGAACCAUUGGGUUUAUUACCCAGCGUUAUCGCUCCCCACCAAAGCACUCCACUUUGCAUAUGUCUCUGGUGUGUACAUAGCAGAGCAAGGCCCAAAGCUUUUAAGGAAGUGUGAGUGGUGUUGGAACAGGUGCUGACCUGGGAGAGCAGGAAAUGGAGAUUCUGCCCCAUAAGGGGAGACGAGAAGUAUUUGGGUGGCUUAGGCUGUGUAAGAGAAGACAGCAUAGGUUAGAAAAAAUCACUGAAGCCAAACAGACUCAGGAGAAGUGACCAUGAGCACGUUUAAGCUGGAAAAUGUGACGCUUACUGUCAGAGAUCUCAGAUUCUAGGGCAGAUAGUAUAGGUAUAGGGCGGUAUAUAUAUAUGACGUGUAACCUGAUUGCCCCAUAAAGCUGUGUCAUGCUGCUGCCUACAAGCAGCCUGCACGGGACGGCACAGCAGGACCUCUCCCCUCCUGUCUCGUUGCCCUGCGGUGCCAGGAGCGAGCUGUGCGGGUGCCUUUCUCCUACAGCGCUGUGCAACGCCUGGUGGCACGGCACGCAGGGCUUUGCUCAGCCUCCAGCAGCCCUUCUGAGAGGUAUGGACAAAAGGGGUGGGAAAACAAAGAGCUUUUCUUCAGGUGCCCUGCAACCUGAUCUGUGAGGUGGCUCGGCCCCUGCCAGCAGCAGCUGUCAGGCCAGGCAGUGGUUAGGGUGCAGCGUCGAGGGCUGUGCUGCCGCUUCCUGGCUUCUCACCCGUCGCUGGCCCGAGCUGGGACAUGGUCUGGGCGUUCAGGUGGCUUCUCAGCUCUCUCCCCAGCAAGAAGAGGCCGUCUGAUUUCUUCAGGAGACCGUGGAGGAGAACAGAGGCAGCAGGAAGGAGCCCGCAGAGCUGUCGUGCAGAACUGCUGCUGCCGGGCUGGUGAAGACAGAAGCUCUUGAAAGAAAAGUAUGUGGAAAGUCCUGUUAGGGAGAGGAGCGAGGUUUGGUUUGCAUGUCGUGGCUCUCUUCUGUAAGCCCUGAGACUGCUGCAAAUGUGAAACAAAUCCUCAAGCGUACCAAUGGAAAAAACAGGAGACAUUCAGGGCUCCCAGACCAAGAAUGAAGAGGCCAUCCCGAAGAGCUCCCCAUUUGACUUUGUUAUAAAACAGUUCCAAGGGAAGAAAUCCUCUUCUGGGAAAAGAAAAGAGCAGCCUUCCGCCAUCAAAAAAUUCUUCAGUGGCUUUGACUUUGGGAAAUCUGAAGGCAAGGAUGGAGGGGAAACCGAAGAAACAGAAAAAAACAACUCCAGUGCUGAAGAUCAGAGUGAGAAGCAAGAUCUCUCUUUAGACGAUGGACCUUCACAUCCCAUUUCUGAAGCAGAGUCACCAUCUGGUGAGCAGAGAUUUAACCAGUUCAUGCAGAAACUGGGAAAGAAACCUGACAGCAAGAACCUGGAUCUGAACAAUUGUGCAUUAAGUGCAGCAGAUGUAACAGAGCUGGCUUCUUUACUGCCAUUUCUCCCAGAGCUGGAGGAGAUCAGCCUGUCCUGGAAUGGUUGCGUUGGAGGGACUCUGAAAACCCUCACUGUGCAGCUCCAUCAUGUGAACCUGUUACGAGUCCUUCGACUUAACAACUGCAGGCUGACAGCUGAGGAUGUCACCUCCUUAGGAGAGGCCUUUGAAAUUGUUCCUCAACUUGAAGAACUGGAUUUAUCAUGGAACAGCAAUAUAGGUGGAAAACUAUCACUCCUGACAAAAAAACUCCCAAAAGGAUGCAAGAUAAAACUUCUGAGAAUGACAGAUUGUAACCUGACAGCAAAGGAUGGAGAAUCCCUUGCUGAAAUGCUAACUGUGAUCCCAAACCUUGAAGUAUUAGAUCUCUCUAUCAACAAACACAUUGGCUGCAGCAUGAAGGUCAUUGCUCAGGAUCUGAAAAACGUGCCUGGCCUCAGAGAGUUAAACUUGCACAUGUGUGGAUUAAAGCACGACAGCCUCCAGGGCUUAGAUGCUGCCUUACAGCACCUUGCAGAGCUAAGAAAAUUAGACAUAUCAUGUAACAAAGAGAUUGGUGGUAGCUUCAAAGACGCAGCAGCUCAUUUGGCCAACUUGAAAAAUCUUGAAGUCCUUGAUCUCCACCAGUGCUGUGUAACAGAAGAAGAUGUGACUGUUUUGUCCCAGGUGAUACCUUUACUCUCCAGUCUUCAAGAGCUGAAUUUAUCCUCGAAUAAAAAUGUAGGAGUCUCAUCUGCUCCUCUUCUUGGCAGACUCAGAUUUUUACCAAAUUUGAAAUCUGUGGCCAUCAGCAAUUGUGGUUUAGGUGAAGAGCCCUUUUCAUCACUAGCUGAGGCCGCCCUUCACCUUCCUGAACUGGAGAUAUUAGACCUUUCUUGGAAUAAGUGCGUUGGUGGCAACCUAAAGCUGCUUUUGGGAGCACUAAAGCUUGCAAGAGAGAUUCAAGUGUUAAGACUGAGCAGCUGUAACUUGGUGGCUGAAGAUUUGGCACUUCUAACGUUGCUGACGCAGGAUGGCCAUCUAGCCAGACUACGGGAGCUGGAUCUGAGUUAUAAUAACAGCAUCUCUGACGAAGGGUGGAUGGUUUUCUGUCGCGGCUUAGCAGCAUUCAAAGAACUCUCAGAGCUGGAUGUCAGCCUUCGCCCCUCAUCCUGCCGUGACUGUGGGACGUGGUUCAGUGAGCUGCUAGCAGCACUGACAAAGCUGCCUGCAUUGGCAGAGCUGGGGAUGCAAAGAUGGGUCCUUUCAGAGUCACAGCGGCAACAACUGGAAAGCUUUAAUCAAGACAACAAGAGAAACAUACGUUUUGACUGCUGAUGGAGGUUGGAGGUUUCUGGAAAGCCUUUCACAAACAAGCAUUGUGUGUCUUUGACUUAGAAAACUGCCCAGUUUUGAGUAAUCUCUUCUCAUGAGAGCUCUUGAAAUAGUUCCAAAAUGAUAUAAAACAGUUAUUUAACCUUCUGCA